UAUAUAACUGUGGUUGAGCUUCUGUUCCCAAACUGAAGAAGAAAAUGGAUAAAAAACUUUGUGUGAUGGUUUUACUCUUAACGGAAAUGUUGGAGGGACUAUAUGGAAACAUCAUUCAACCGGAUUCAGUUUUAUCAGUUCAUGAAGGAGAUGCAGUGGUAUUGUCCUGCUUCAUUUCAUCAAAACAAAUAAGUCUGGCUUCAUGGUUCAAGCAAGUCACUGGAGAAGAACCACGUCUCAUCGCUUCCUUACUUCUCCAUCCAUCAAAAAGCCAAUUUUAUAAUGAAUUUGACAAAAGUCAUUUUGAAGUGUCAAGAGUUAUUGACACUUUUAAUCUGACGAUCAUGAACACCGUACAAUCAGAUUCAGCCACAUACUACUGUACAACAUCUUUCACUAAUAUCCUUAACUUUGGAAAUGGCACUUUUCUGGUUAUUAAAGGAGCAGAAAUCAGCAAACCCACUCAUGUACAGCUGCCCAAGUUUGAACUAGUUGAGUCGGCGGUAAAUGUGCCUCUACAGUGUUCAAUCCAAAACCAGUUCGUGAGUGGUGGAGGUGAACAUCGUCUCUACUGGUUCAGACAUGGAUCAGGAGAAUCUCCUCCAGGAUCCAUUUAUAUUCAUGGAAACACAAGUGAUCAGUGUUUGGAGAGCUCUGAAGCUGGCUGUCUUUCACCGACCUGCGUGUACAACCUCCCAAAGAAAAAGUUCAGUUCAUCAGAUGCUGGAAUUCACUACUGUGCACUGGCCACGUGUGGAGAGGCUUUAUUCGGAAAUGAUCCUAAACUGAAUCCUGACAACUUCAAGAGCCAGAACACACACUUAAUCUUUAUAACGGUCCUUACGGUGCUGCUGACAUCCAACUUUACGAUCAAUAUUCUGCUGUGCUGCAUGAGGAGGAAAGAGUCUAUUAGUGCAAUAGACAGCAAAUAUCAGCAAAUCCAGAUUACUGAUGAUGAUGAUGUGUCAAUAAUUCAGGUUUGUCAAAUGAAACUCUCCAGAUGUAAAACCACUUAUAAUACAUUUAUUAUGAUUUAUCAUUAUAAUUUUGUCGAAGUUUAAAUUAUAUUGUCUGGAAUGUUCU